GCGCCCGGCGGCCGAGUGGGGAGCAUGGAGCCGACGGCCGGCCUGUGUGUCAGGGCCGCUUGGCAGUGCGGCGAGGGGGGGCUGCGGAAGGUGCUGAGGCUGGUGGCGGCCGACUCGGAGAGCGGAGCUGGCAGCGGGGAGACGGCCCUGCGUACAGAAACAGUUACUUUGGAAAGACCUGAAACCAAUGCUGUGGAAACGCUGUGCAUCUUGUAUCUCCAGUGUGCUGAACAGCUUGCUGAGAUAAUCUUUGUAGAAGUAGUUAGUGAAGCAAAAACAAUGGAAGUUUACACAGAAGAAGAGUAUUGUGGAACAUGCCAAGGCCAAAGAGUGGAUAAUCCACAAAAAAACAGUGGCCAGAAGCAGGUUAUCAUGUUUAAGAAAUACUUUAAGUUGGAAUUUCCUAGUUCAUCCUGUGAACUGAAGUUGCUUUCUUUAGGUGGAAAGGAGAAAAUACAAAUUGGUGAAAUAGUGCUGGGCAUAAGACAUGCUUCGGUUGAUAUCUUCAGAGGCAUUUCUCCAUUAGGAAAAAACAUCAACUUACAGCGAGUUCAGACAAUGAUGGAUUCAAUGGGAACAAAGCUAUCACCAGGAGCUCAGCAGCUUUUGAACAUGGUCCAGUUUCAACAAAAGCAUAACCAAGCAGCAAUAGGAGGAUUGUUUCAGGGAAUGCUUGGAGCAAAACAUUUGGCAGAAAUUGGAAAGGCAGUUGGUUCAUCUCAGAUAACUGCACAAUCCAAGGAAAGGAUAACUGCUCAUGAAAGUAUUGAAACUAAUUCAAUAGCCAUUUCACGGCUGGAAGAAACAAAGGAUCCAGAAGAAAUAAUUGUAUCUAAUGUCGAAUGUGCAGAGAAAACAGGUGCUUCAAACCUGGCUACAGGAAUAAAUAAUACAAAAACUGUGUGUGUUUCUGAAGCCGACACAAUGGAUGCAGAUGAACAGAAGUUUGCCAGAGGAGAUAUGCAAGAGGCUGUAUCAACUUACUUGUGCAAACAAAAUAAUGGAGAGCAAAACACCAUUAGUUCUGAAAUGCUCCCCUUUCUUCGGCAUUUGUCCAGCCAAGUCAAUGAUCUUCGCAUAGGAGAAAAAACUAAAACUGUCAAAAAUGAUUCAACAACAGAGGAUGGAAUGAAUAGCAGGCUACACCAACAGACAUUUUGUUUCGAAUUGGAAAAGCAUAUCGCUGAACAUAUGGAGUCAGUAGAAAAGAGACUUAAGGAUUAUAUUGAUCAUCGGUUAACUAUAUUGCAAGAUGACCUUGAUAAAAAGUUUGUUUCGCUCACCAAGUUGAUUGAAAAUAUUACUGUGAAUAGGACUGUAACAAAAAGUUUUGAAUGUGGUGCUGUCUUAACAAAUGGAGGACCUUAAGUAACUUCACACUCCUCAAAAUGCAACUAAACAGAUUUAGUUUUGAGAAACACUAAAUGUAGCAUUUAAUGCAGGGAAGUCUACGCAAUGUACUUGGGCUGUAUGAAUUUGAGGUUCAUGCAUAUUAAAUUUGUGUUUGGUUUGUUUUUCUUUGAGUGAUGUAUACACUCAUUAAUUCAUGGCCAGUUAACCCAGCUAAUUCACUCCUACAUCUUUUUUUACCUACCAACUUGCCAGUUUUGAAAGUCUAAUUCUAAUUCUUUUGCUGUGUUAAUGGAUAAAUCCUAAAGACUGUUUAAAGCUGGCAGUUUGGAUGGAUAUAGGUUGAUGCAGAAAGUAAGGUCUAUAUAUGACCCAUCCAUAUGUAUACAAAUGAUUAACAGGAAAAUAUUGGGCACUCAAAAUUUACUGCAAACUUUCAACAUGUCAGCAGAAAAAACUGAAAACAGCACUGCUGUAAAAAAAAUUUAAAUGUUAAAUUUAUAAUAUGUACAAAAAUAAUGUUUGUGAAAAAGCAUUAUAACUUUGCGAAUGAAUUUAAUCUGUUUUACUGAUUUUUCUUUCAUAUUUGUACUACCCUUGAAGAGUUGAUCUGAAAUUGAUCCUUGGCCCUCCAGUGCUUUUUUGGGUACAUUGGAAACUUAAAAUUACAUGAACAGCAUAGUUUAGCGUAAUUCUUAAUAAAACUAUCAGGUAUA